AGAUUAUGGAGCUGUAUUCUUGUGACGAAGUCACACAAGCUCCUGUGGCAGCUCCGUCCCACUUGCGUCGAAUUUUACGGAGUAGUUAUGGCAUAGAACAAGCAACCUUCCACGACCUUACGGGAUACGAGGAUUGUAACUUUCUUCUCGAUGACAUAAGAUGGGACAGAAAACUACCUUGUACGGCGGUUCUCAAAGUGACCAAUCCUUUGGAGGCGAAAAGUCGCGAGAAUAUC